CUAGAGGUGGUCCCAGCACCACCUCUAGAUUUGGAAGCCAAAUUCUGAAACAGAAAGAGUCUACUUCCCAUGGUUCUUUCUCAGCCUAAUAUUUUAGCCAUCUUGAAUACAGAGUCCAUAUUCCUGUGCUAGAGCCGAGAGAGAGGAGAUUAAGCUAGGGCUCCACACAGCUAGCAGGAGACAAAGCCAAGACUGAAACCUUCAUCUGCCUAGCUGCAAAAUCGGUACUCUUCAUAUGUAAAGCCAUUUCUAAGCAAGAACAAGGAUUCUGGACCAUCCUCAUCCUUGUUACAGAAUAAUACCAGUCUCAGGGCUAGACCAAGAGCUGUGGGCAUCCUGGGCAGAUUCAUAACUUGGCAACUCUUACAAACAUAUUCGUUGACAAUUUGCUCAACAUUUAUUUGGAGGAGAGGCUGAACUGUGUGAGGAGCAUGGGUGGAAAAAAGAAGAACCCACUGGUGGCACCACCCCAGCUUGCACAUGCCACUCAGCGGAACAAAAGCCAGCAGUUAAAGGACCACUCUCCUUAGAAGGAGAAUAGUAAUUGUGAGCAUUCCCCAGCUCCCAAGCAACUUGUUAGCAAAGUUGUCUUUCCAUCAUCAUAGAAUGCUCUGCCCGGAAGGAGUGCUGCUGCUGCCAAUCACAAUGAUCCUGUGUUUGAAACCCUGCGGACUGGGGUGAUCAUGGCAAACAAGGAACGGAAGAAGGGACAGGCAGAUAAGAAAAAUCCUCUAGCAGCCAUGAUGGAAGAGGAGCCAGAGUCUGCCAGACCAGAGGGAGGCAAACCCCAGGAUGGAAACCCUGAAGGGGAUAAGAAGGCUGAAAAGAAGACACCUGAUGACAAACACAAGCAGCCUGGCUUCCAGCAGUCUCAUUACUUUGUGGCUCUCUAUCGGUUCAAAGCCCUGGAGAAGGACGAUCUGGAUUUCCCGCCUGGAGAGAAGAUCACAGUCAUUGAUGACUCCAAUGAGGAAUGGUGGCGGGGGAAAAUAGGGGAAAAGGUUGGAUUUUUCCCUCCAAACUUCAUCAUUCGGGUCCGGUCUGGAGAGCGUGUGCACCGCGUAACGAGAUCCUUCGUGGGAAACCGCGAAAUAGGGCAGAUCACUCUCAAGAAGGACCAGAUAGUGGUGCAGAAAGGAGAUGAAGCCGGCGGCUACGUCAAGGUCUACACCGGCCGCAAGGUGGGGCUGUUCCCCACCGACUUCCUGGAGGAGAUUUAGGCGUGCAGGCGCCUGCUGACCGAAGAUACCCAUGCCCCAUUCUGGGCAGGCCCAGUGGAGGCUGGGGAGGAAAGGGGCGAAAGCAACUAUGCUGGAAGGGGGGAGGGGUGGGAAGGCCCGCCAGAGCAUGACGGGCCUUCUGGGAAGGGACUGGUUCCCUCCCCCCCUCUCCCCCGGCCUAGGGCCUUGGAUACCUGGUACCCAGAACGGCCUCACCUGCAACUCCUCAGGCCCAGCCGUUGAGAGCUGGAAAAAGAACGCGUCUCCACUAGGAGGCGCCCUGGGGGUGUGGGAGGCGAACUGUCGAAUGUUGCGAAUGUAUUAAAGUUUUGAAAAAAGUUAGAAAAGUUUGUUCUUUAACUGGGGGCUGAG